AUGCAAGAAGGGCCCGUCAGAUCAGAUUCACCGGUGACAACAGCAGAACGGCUUAUGGACCAAAGAGAAGGAGUUGUAUUGAGGUCAUGCAGUUGUGGGUGGCAGCGUGUCACCUCAUACAGAGGCCUCCGGAUCCACCAGGGGAAAACGAAGUGCCAGAGUCGGGAGCAGAGCAGACGCUCGGCAGCCGCUGGUAAGACGCAAGAGGACAGGGGUCAGGGCGAGAACCACAGUACCCAGGACCUCAACAGCGAUGCCCUUGACCCUGGCAGCACUGCUCUCCCAGAGGAACUGGAGCCUAGUGCGAGUGACAGCCAACCAAGACUGACAACGAGAGAAAGGAAAGAAGAGAGUUUUACCAGAAAGGAGAAGAUUAAGUGGCCAAGGGCCAAUGACAAGGCGAGCUGGGAGACAUUAGACAGCGACUUGAGCAACAUCUUAGAACAAGGCCUCAAGGGCGACGUGGAGAAGAAACUCAACAGGUUCGGAGAGCUAGUAUACGACUUCUGCAGUGGAAGACUAGGAACUAUACCGAGUAGCGAACGUAAACCCGGUGGCAACAGUGCCAUGAGCAGAAGACAGAAGGAAAUUGCCAAGCUAAUUCUCCGUAGAAGACAUUUGAGAAAGUUGUGGAAGAAGGCAAGUGCGAGUGAGAAAGGGGGCCUCCAAGCCCUCUGGGAAGAAGUGAGAGCUAGACUAAAGACUCUAAGAAGAGCUGAGAGGUUUAGGAGGAAACGUAAGAGGAGAGAAAACCAGAGGAAGCAGUUCUACAAGAAUCCGUAUAGGUUUGCUAGAUCCCUCCUGGAGGAGAAGAAAGGUGGGAACCUGUCAGUAGGAAAGGAAGAGCUAGAAGCCCACUUAAGUGCGACAUACUCUGACCAAGAAAAGAGCAAGCCGUUAGAAUCACCCGGUUAUGUGCCAAGACCAACAGAACCUUCAAAUCCUAUGGACGUCUCUCCGCCAAAGUGGAGUGAAGUAUUGGCAGCAGUACAGAGAGCCAGAUCAGCAGCAGCCCCAGGUCCCAACGGAGUACCCUACAGGGUUUACAAGUUCUGCCCAAAGACCCUUAGAGUGCUGUGGAGACUUAUGCAGGUAGCUUGGAGGAAACAGUGUGUGCCGGUGGCUUGGAGGAGAGCGGGAGGAGUAUUGAUCCCGAAGGAAAAGGUUUCAUCCACCAUUGAACAGUUCAGAAACAUCUCCUUGCUCAACGUAGAAGGCAAGCUCUUCUUUACGGUGCUUGCGAAACGCCUGACGAAGUACCUGAUCUCCAACAACUUCAUAGACACAGAGAUACAGAAGGCAGGCAUACCAGGCUUCCCAGGUUGUACCGAACAUGCCAACACAAUAUGGAGUCAAAUACAAAUUGCAAGAAGACAGAAAGAAGACCUCCACGUGGUCUGGUUAGACUUGGCCAAUGCCUACGGGUCAAUACCCCACAAGGUCAUCCGGUACGCACUUGACUUCUUCUGGGUUCCUGUGGAGAUUAGACAGAUGAUAGAGAAUUACUUCUCAGACUUCAGACUGUGUAUUAGUACAAGAGACUACGUUACCAAGUGGCAGCAACUGGAGAAGGGGAUAGCUAUGGGCUGCUCAAUAUCUCCACUCCUAUUCACGAUGGGUUUCGAAAUUCUGCUCCUAGGUGCGAAACAAGUCGUAGGAGGGGUGAGAGCACCCUCAGGUGAGAAGAUGCCACCCUUAAGAGCCUUCAUGGAUGAUGUCACGAGCAUCCUUCGCACAGCACCAUGCACCAAACGAUUGCUCCAAAGACUUGAAGAACUGUCAAAGUGGGCUGGGAUGAAGUUCAAACCAGCCAAAUCAAGAAGCCUAUCUUUAAGGAAAGGGAAAAUCAGCAACAAAACUUUCACUGUCAAUGACCAAAUCAUCCCGACCCUACAGGAACAACCAGUGAAGAGCCUGGGACGAUUGUACACAAGCAGUCUGAAGGACAGCGAUAGAGGGCCAGAAACGGUGGAACAAGCUGUCAGAGGCCUCAGAAGCAUAGAUGAGUGUGAACUCCCAGGAAGGCUCAAGGUCUGGUGUGCACAGUUCAUGCUGUUCCCAAGACUUAAGUGGUCUCUCAAAACCUACAACAUCUCCUUGUCAGUUGUUGAUCAAAUUGAUAGGAAGGCCAACACUUACAUCCGCCGAUGGCUUGGUGUACCUAGAUGUUUGUCUACUGUCGCACUGUACGGCAACAACAUGCUGAGUCUGCCAUUAUCUUCCAUCGCAGAGGAAUACAAGGUGGAGAAAGUUCGACUUGUCCUUGAACUGGAGGGGUCACGUGACUCAUCAGUCAGAGCUGUAACCAAGAAUAUCUGUACUGGGAGGAAGUGGAAAGCUAAAGAUGUCAUCAGUCAGGCGGUAAACAGACUACACCACAAAGAUCUAGUGGGUGCAGUACAGGUGGGAAGAUCAGGACUUGGCUGGGGAGAGAGGCUACACAGGUGGUCAAGUGCCAACCCCAGUGAGAGAAGGCAACUUGUAACUCAAGAAGUGAGAAGGAUGGAGGAGGAAAAGAGGAGAGUAGUUGCAGUGGGCCAGCGUCAACAGGGAGCGUGGGUGAAUUGGGAAGGUGCUGUUGGAAGGAAGUUAACGUGGAACGACUUAUGGGGUAUGCAGAACUUCCGUCUGAGUUUCCUCUUACGAGCCGUAUAUGAUGUUCUCCCCACACCCCAGAACGUCACAAGAUGGUUUAAGAAUGAAGAAACCUGCCUGCUGUGUGGCAUGGAACGAGCAGACCUUAAGCACAUCCUGUCAAGUUGUAAGAUCGCACUCCAGCAGGGGAGAUACACCUGGAGGCACAACAGAGCCCUCAGACAGAUUGCUAUAACCCUGGAAAAUGUAAGAAGGGAAUCUGCAGGAACGGAAACAUCAUGGCAGCCCAUUCAGUUCGUGAGAGGAGGGCAGAGGCCGAAGGAAGCAGCCCCCAGAAGUAACAACGUUGGUGGUGGCCCACUCAGCCGAGGGAAGUGGAAGCUUCUGGCAGACUUAGACAGUCAACUACGCUUCCCAGAAGACAUAUGCGUGACAUCUCUAAGACCCGACCUUGUUAUGUGGUCAGCAGAUCAGAAGACAGUUGCCAUAGUGAAACUGACCAUACCGUGGGAAGAAAACAUCCAAAGUGCACAUGAGAGGAAGAAGUUGAAGUACGAGGAGUUAGCUCAGCAGUGCAGACAGAACGGUUGGAGGACCCACCUCUACCCAGUGGAGGUGGGAGUUCGUGGCUUUGUAGGGACCUCCCUGAUGCGCCUAUGCAGAGACUUUCAGAUUAGGGGGAAAGCCCAGACCCAGUUUGUACGAUCAGUGGCAGAAGAAGCGGAGAAGAGCAGUUUCUCCCUAUGGAUUAAAAGGAAGACUAGAAGUUGGAAGAGCAGAGACGACUGUGUUGGAGGCAGGGCGGAGACGUCCAUCCUGUCGUCCCGCCGGCCUGAGGCGUAUCAGAAACAAGGGACGAAACGCCCGUGA